CAAAGACGCGACUGGUAGUAUUUUGGGACACCGCCCGGCAAAAUAAAAUCAUUGAGACGGGCGUCAUGGAAGCUGUCGCAUGAAUUUUUGGCCCCUCGGUUCGCCGUGACCGUUCUCAGUCCGCAAGGUCUGCCAACAGCCACCACAAUGACGGCUCAGAAAACAGUAGACUCGCGGAUUCCCACGCUCAUCCGCAAUGGCCUCCAGGAGAAGAAGCGCAGCUUCUUUGUCGUCGUCGGCGACCGCUCCAAAGAUGCCAUUGUUCACCUCUACUACAUCAUGUCUAGCAUGGACGUGAGGCAGAACAAAUCGGUUCUGUGGGCUUACAAGAACAAGCUCCUCGGCUUUACAAGUCACCGGAAGAAGCGGGAGACCAAGAUCAAGAAGGAGAUCAAGCGCGGCAUUCGCGAGGCUAACUCCGAGGACCCCUUCGAGCUCUUCAUCUCCCUCCACGAUAUCCGCUAUGUUUACUACAAAGAGACCGACAAGAUUUUGGGUAACACAUACGGCAUGUGUAUUCUACAAGACUUCGAGGCCAUGACACCCAACAUUCUAGCACGAACCAUUGAAACGGUCGAAGGUGGAGGUCUGGUGGUGCUCCUGCUGAAAGGCAUGAACAGCCUGAAGCAGCUGUACACCCUUUCUAUGGACGUCCACUCGCGGUACCGCACCGAGGCCCACGACGACGUUGUUGCGCGAUUCAACGAGCGCUUUAUCCUGUCCCUUGGCAGUUGCGAAUCCUGCCUUGUUAUCGACGACGAGCUAAACGUUCUUCCGAUAUCCGGCGGGAAAGGAGUAAAGCCGCUUCCUCCACCAGACGAGGACGAACCGAAGAGCGCGGCCGCACAAGAGCUGGAAAAAAUAAAGGACUCGCUGCAAGAUACCCAACCGAUCGGGUCACUCGUCAAACUAGCACGCACCACAGACCAGGCCAAGGCGCUUCUUACGUUUGUGGAUGCCAUUGCGGAGAAGACGCUCCGAAAUACUGUCACCUUGACCGCAGCGCGUGGUCGCGGCAAAUCGGCAGCCAUGGGCGUCGCGAUUGCAGCUGCUGUUGCAUACGGAUACAGCAACAUCUUCAUCACCUCGCCCUCCCCGGAAAAUUUGAAGACAUUGUUCGAGUUUGUCUUCAAGGGCUUUGACGCCCUCGACUAUAAGGAUCAUGCUGACUACUCCAUCAUUCAAUCGACAAAUCCCGACUUCAACAAGGCCAUUGUUCGAGUCAACAUUCACCGGAACCACCGUCAAACGAUCCAGUACAUCCGGCCUCAGGAUGCCCACGUGCUCGGACAGGCCGAGCUCGUGGUUAUCGACGAGGCGGCAGCCAUCCCGCUGCCUCUGGUAAAGAAGCUCAUGGGGCCGUAUCUGGUCUUCAUGGCAUCCACCAUCAGCGGCUAUGAAGGCACCGGCCGGUCGCUAUCGUUGAAGUUGAUCAAGCAGCUGAGGGAGCAGUCGAGGGCAGGCGCCAAUCCCAACGGCACCGGCUCAGUUGAGGUCGACCGGUCAAGUGGGAAGGCGACCAAGGAGAGCAGCGCGGUUGGAGGGCGCUCGCUCAAGGAAAUCACGCUCUCGGAGCCCAUCCGUUAUGCACAGGGGGACAAGGUGGAGAAGUGGCUCAACACGCUACUCUGUCUGGAUGCUACACUGCCGAAAUCUAAGAUCAGCACACAGGGGUGUCCGGAUCCUUCACUGUGCGAGCUGCUGCACGUCAACCGUGACACGCUCUUCUCGUUUCAUCCGGUUUCGGAGAAAUUUCUGCAGCAGAUGGUCGCGCUCUAUGUCGCGAGCCAUUAUAAAAACUCGCCGAACGACUUGCAGCUCAUGAGCGAUGCGCCAGCCCACGAGCUCUUCGUUCUCACUGGGCCCAUCGUGGAAGGCCGCCUGCCCGAGCCGCUGUGCGUCAUCCAGGUCUCGCUGGAAGGCCGGAUCAGCAAGCAGAGCAUCCUCAACAGCCUGAGCCGGGGCCAGCAGCCCGCCGGUGAUUUAAUCCCGUGGCUCGUCAGCCAGCAGUUCCAGGACGACGAGUUUGCUUCUCUCUCGGGUGCCCGUGUGGUUCGGAUAGCGACGAAUCCGGACUACAUGUCGAUGGGGUAUGGCUCGAAAGCGCUUCAGCUCCUGAUUGAGUAUUACGAGGGCAAAUCCGCGGACCUUUCGGAGGACGGAGGCAGCGCCGUGCAGCGGUCUAUUCCUAGAGUUACGGAUGCUGAGCUUGCAGAGGCCAGCCUGUUUGACGACAUCAAGGUCCGCGAUAUGAACGAGCUGCCACCGCUGUUUGCGAAGCUUGCUGAGCGCCGCCCCGAGAAGCUGGAUUAUGUUGGCGUCAGCUACGGCUUGACGCAACAGCUGCACAAGUUUUGGAAGCGGGCCUCGUUUGCCCCAGUGUACUUGAGGCAAACCGCCAACGACCUGACGGGCGAGCAUACGUGCGUGAUGAUCCGGCCUCUGCAAGACGGGAACGACCCGAGCUGGCUUGGCGCGUUUGCCAACGACUUCCAUCGCCGGUUCCUGUCCCUUCUCUCGUACAGGUUCCGCGAGUUCCCGCCCAUCCUCGCCCUGACCAUCGAGAAGUCGGCCAGCUCGGGCGCCCAGUUGGAUCCGUCCACGGCGCCCGUCGAGAUCAACAAGACCGACCUGGACGCGCUCCUGACGCCGUUCGACCACAAGCGUCUCGAGUCGUAUGCCAACGGGCUGCUCGACUACCACGUCGUGCUGGACCUCAUCCCCACCGUCGCGCAGCUGUACUUCACGGGGCGGCUCAAAUCCAGCGUCAAGCUGAGCGGUCUGCAGGAGGCGAUCCUGCUGGCGAUUGGCAUGCAGCGCAAGGAGUUCGAGACGGUUGCCGAGGAGAUGUCGCAACCGUUGUCGCAGCUCCUGGCCAUCUUUCUGAAAAUCAUGCGCAAGAUCACGUCUCAUUUGAGUGGAGUGGUUACGGGCGCCGUGGCGGCCGAGAUACCGGAUCCCAACAGCAAGGUCGGCGUCAGCCGGGAGAAUGCGACGGGCAUGCACGGCGACGAGGAGGUGGUUGACAGCAGGUUCGUGCCGCUGGAUGCCAAGCUGGAGGAUGAGUUGGAGGAAGGGGGGGAUGAGGCGCUCAGCGAGCUGAGGGCGAAGCAGAGGGAGCUGAUUGACUCGUUGCCGCUGGACCAGUACGAGAUUGAGGGCGAUGAUGCGGCGUGGGAGGAUGCGGAGAAACGGGUCAAGCAGGCGGCUAAGAGCGGGCAGAGCAAUCCGCUUGUCAGCGUCAAAACGAAGGCUAAGCGGAAAGCUGAGGACGCAGAUCACGGAUUUGAUGAAGGUAGAGGGGCUGAUAAGGGGCAUUCUAAGUCUAAGAAGCCGAAGCGGGACAAGUUUGGAAAGAAGUGAUGUACGACUGGGAGUGCGAGUAUGAUGGAAAUUGUUUCUGGUGAGGUACUUGUGCAUAACGUUAGUGGUAAACAUGGAAGAUAC